AUGAGCUCUGAGCAGUGGUUGAAGCUGAAUUUUUAUAUCGAAACAGUUGGUUUCACACUUUCCAUAAUUUUGAAUACUGUCCUUCUGUUGUUAAUUGGUGAAAUGCCCAGGGAAACAUUUGGGAAAUAUAAAUAUCUAAUGUUUUCAUUUUCAACAUUGGGAGUUUUUUAUUCAUUCGUAGAUUAUAUAUGUAAACCGGUAAGGUUAAAAAAAUAGAAAAUCUGUAUUUCAAAUCUUGAUUCAGAAUAUUCACAUUACCGAGAGUUCCUUUGUGAUCUUCACAGUUCUUUCAACUUCUCAGCUCUCCAAAUUUAUGGGAGAAAUAUUUUUGUGUAAGUACAGAUGGAGCGUAAUUUUUAUUGUUUGAGAAAGGUUGCAAAUUGCUGAAAAAAAAUUAUUAUUGACAUUUAUUUAAUUUAGUAAUAUUUUAACUUUACUGAAAUUUCAGCUCUACUCUGCGCAUCUUACGGAAUGCUCUUUGCACUGCUCACAAUUCAUUUCUACUAUCGUCUUCUUUCUGUUUCAAGACCAUUACUGCUCAAAAAGAUGUUUUCCGCAAAAAACUGCAUCAAUUGGGCUCUCCUUGUCUUUGCCAAUUUUUCCUUGUGGUUUUACUGCUGCUACGUUCUGAAUGCUCCACGUGAACUGAAAGAUGAAGCUAUUAUUCCAGAAUUUCUGCAGACGUAUAAUCUAGAACCAACUGAAUAUACUUAUACUGGAGCUGAAUAUUUCCACAGAAAUCGUUCAACAGGAGUGAUCACGCCGUACAUUCCAUCUCUAGCAUCAGAGGGAACAACUGGCUCCAUUAUUAUCUUAUGAUUUAUUCUUCUAACAUAUUUUGGUUAUCAAAUCUACAACCAUCUCUAUAACUUCAGUAAGAUUUCAAGCCAAGACAACCGGGAACUUCAAAAUCAACUAUUCCGAACUCUAGUACUCCAAACUAUAAUUCCAACAAUUUUCAUGUACCUGCCUGUAUCGUGCCUAGUGACCAUUCCUCUGUUUAGAGUGAGAAUUGGUGAACUUGGCAAUUUAAUUAUAAUUGCUGUCUCCAUUUAUCCGAUUUUUGAACCACUAGUAGCAAUGUAUUGUAUAAAAAGUUUCAGAAUGCGACUGCUAGGUAGUUUUCAAUUAGUUUUUAAACUCAAUUAAUUAACUUUACAGGUUUCGUGCCAUGCUGUCACAACAAAACUCACGCGAUGUCACAA